GCCGCACAAAAUUUUGUUUACGUUUCCCUUUUUUUUUAUAUUCAAUUCAAUUUUAAAAUUUAUUUUUGGACAAAUAAAAAAAAAAACAUCCCAAAAAUCUACCAUAUUUUAAUAAUAGAAAUCCAAAGUAAACAAUGGAAACGUGUUCACAUUUACUUGAAAUUCGAAAAGUCAUGGAUAAAUGCCUUGUUUGUGAUAUCCAAGUGCAGGACAUAACCCUUACCUUAACAGGACUACAAAUACAAACCAACAAGUGGUUGCAUUUAGAAGAUUGGCUUGAAAUUGAUUCAGCCAUUGAAAAGCUAUUAAAACCAUUUAGUCAAUCAGAAACAUUAGAUGGUUUUGAUGAGAAAGACUUUCAUUUAGGCGGAGCAAUUCGAAUAGAUUGUAAAAAAACAAAAUUAACAAAAUCACAAAAAAGAAUUUUAGGAGAAGAUAAAAAAUAUCUUCCAAUUGCUCUCGAGAUAAAUGUCACUAAAAUAAAUACUUUAGAAUUGAUAGAACAGAUAAAUAUGUUUGAAGAGAAACUUUCUCGAUUGAAUAAUAAUGGUUUAAUGUCGCCAACAACUGAAGAAAAGAAAACUUUGAUUCAUAAAGAAAGUUUACGUGAAUACGAUCCAACAGCUCACAUUGCUGUCACCGAACAGAAUUCAAGUGAGUAUGUUCCUUAUACAGCUUCUGUUAAAACUCCAGUUGCCUUAGACACUUCUGGUUCAGCUAUUAGUGAACCAUAUUCUCCCAAACCUAUAGCAAUUGAUUCAAGUUCACCUGAUCAAAUACCUGAAUCACCAAAUCGAGUUCCCAAUUAUAAGCCAGCUAGAAUAGCUCAUUCAAAACCAAAAGAUAAAGAAAAAGACAUAGAAGUCAUUGAAAACAAUAACAAUGAGAAACCCUCAUCAUCGUCAUCAAGACGACGACAUUCACCUGAAGAAAAGGUCAAGUCGAAGUCGUCUAAAGAAUCAUCACGAAGUCAUGGAACAAAACGAACAGCAUCACAUAGUAGCAACAAACCAACACGUAAUGCUGAGCUAUUUGGAUCUGAUGAUUCGGAUCAGGAAACAAAAAGCCCAUUAAAAUCGUCUUCCUCAAAGACUCAUCAAAGUUCUAGCCAUUCGUCAAGUAAUGAUAAAGAUAGUAAAAGAAAACGUAUUAAAUUGAAAGAUGAAUCGUCUUCGAGUAAGACUUCUCUAGAUGGUUGGCUUUCGAAAGGCACUAUAAAGCCUGGAGACAAACCAUCAUCAGAGAAGACAAAUGGAAAAUCUUCUUCUUCUUCUUCGUCAAAAAAAUCAUCUAGACAUGAAUCUUCUUCCAAAUCACAUACUUCCAAGGAUGAUCAAACGAGAAGUGAAAAACAAGCAAUGGAAAUGAAAAAGCUUGGAGAACUUAAAGAUGCUUUAAAAGCUAGACGGAAAUCACCACAACCAGAAAUUGAGAUCCUGAACCUCACACACCUUUCAGUAGAUCAAAUAAUAGCAACAUUUGAUGGGAUACGUCCUGUAUUGGAUCCAAUAUUUGCCACAUAUUCGAAAAAGUCUAAAGUAACAGGCUAUGAUGGUAUAAAUCAUAUGAAAACUUUAAUGCUUAUUGAAGAUAAAAAACAAUUACAAAUGCUGAAUUUUUUGCGUGAAAAUUAUCAACCUGAAGAAAAAGGUGCACCAAGUCUUACAGAUUUAUACAUCAAUGCCAUGGUACCAGAAUGGACUGUAAAUGUUUUUAUGAAAGAAUUUAAUUUUACACGAUCAGAAGCGUUGGAUAGGCUUCAAGCUCAAGAGGAAUCUACGGUGCGUCAUAAUAAAGAAGAUAUACUCGAUACUACAGUGACAAUAUAAAAGAUCCUUAAUUGUAAAAAAAAUAUUUGUUAAACAAUGAAAAAAAAAAUCGUGUUUUUUAUAAUUUUUAUUUUUU